UGUUGUAGAAGAGAAAUUGUCGAGGAAAAAGAUUUACAAGAUCAUUUUACCGUGGACGAAAACUCCAGAACAUGUUACGUUUGUAAUGAAUGUGGCAAACAGUUCUCUAAUUUCAAGAAAUUGGUAAGACAUGUAGUAAGAGAGCAUGGUGAUAAUACAGAUUACCAAUGUAGUGUUUGCCAAGAAUUGAAUUCAAAUGAACCGACUGGUAUUGGUUAUGCUUGUUUCAUGUGCGACCUUGAAUUUGAUGUUGCAAGAGAGCUUGAAAAUCACAUGGUUACCCAUAAUGAGCAAAAUUAA